AUGACCGCUACCGCUGACACCUACCCUCAUUACACUGCCGCCUACGAGGCGCAAUCGCCCGAAGUGGCCGAGACGCUGCGCGCGUUGCGCAACCGUGGUUGGGACGCCUUUUCGCAACUUGGCCUGCCCACCGCCCGGCGCGGCAAUGAGCCGUGGAAAUACACCAAUGUCGCACCGAUUGCCCGGGAAGCUUUUGCUCAUCCACAGCCAAUGCCGGUGGAGGAUGGAAUCGUAACGCUGGACGAUGUGCGGGCAGCCGCACCCUGGCACGCCGGCUGGCAUACAUUCGUGUUCGUCGAUGGUGUGUUUGCGCCCCACCUUUCCUCAGGCGGCGAGAUUGCGGAAUCUAGCGGGAUAGUGAUUGCGCCGCUGGCCGACACGAUUCACGCCGAACGGGGCGCCAGCGUCAGCCUGUUGGGUGAACUGGCGCGACCAGAAGAUGACGGUUUCGUCGCCCUCAACACGGCCUUCGUUCGGGACGGCAUGGGUAUCGAUGUGCCGGUGGAUGGUGAUGCCGGUGUGGUCAACGUGGUUUAUCUGACCACCGGACGCGAACAGCCGAGGGUUACACAUCCGCGAAUCAUCGUGUCCGCCCAGCGCAAUUCGCGAGCCACGGUGAUUGAAACCUACGUUGGACCCGACGAUACGCGUUAUUUCACCAACGCGGUUGCCGAAAUACAUGUGCACGAGGGCGCCCGAGUCGAACAUUACCGCCUGCUGAUGGAUGGCAUGGACGCCUAUCACGUGGGCACCAGCCGUGUGAUUCAGCAUCGGGACUCCGGGUUUUCGUCGGGGGCGAUAUCCCGUGGAGCGGCGUUGGGGCGCAAUGAUUUCAGCGUUACUUUGAUCGGCGCUGGGGCCGAAUGUACUUUGAAUGGCCUGUAUCUGACCGUCGGCAAUCAACACAUGGACAACUACAUCAACAUUGACCAUACCGAACCCAACGGCACCAGUCGUAUGUUCUACAAGGGCAUCCUGGACGGGCAGUCGCGGGCGAUUUUCGGAGGCAAUGUUACCGUCCGGGAGGGCGCGCAAAAGACGGACGCCCAGCAAACCGACAAGAACCUGUUGCUGUCGGAGCAGGCGGAAGUGGAUAGCAAACCCAGCCUGUUGAUAUACGCCGAUGACGUGAAGUGCGGCCACGGCGCCACCGCCGGCCAUAUCGACCUGGAUACAGUCUUCUAUAUGCAGAGUCGUGGCCUUGAUCUGCCCACCGUCAGCCGCAUCCUGAUUCAUGCCUUUGCCAGCGAAAUUAUCGACACGGUCGCCCUGGUGCCGCUGCGGGAGUAUCUCGACGAACAGUUCCAGAAUGCCAUCCCCGACGUUGAUAUCACGCUGCCGAUCGGAGGCCGCUAG